AUGGCUGGCGCACUCGCCCCCGAGAUCCUCGAAGCCUACGAUGCCGUCCGCUCCGACAAGGACGGCACCAACUGGCUCCUCAUCGGCGACGACCCCGCGGUCCGCAACAGGCUGGUCCUGUCGGGCACGGGCUCGGGCGGCCUGUCGGAACUCGUGGCGCGGCUGGAGGACGGGCUCGUGCAGUACGCGUACGUACGCGUCGAGUACGCCAACGACUCGGAGAGCACGCGCGUCAAGUUCGCCCUCGUCUCGUGGAUCGGCGCCGACGUCAGGCCGCUGCGCCGCGGGAGGGUCCUCUCCGAGAGGGGGCAGGUCACCAAGGUGCUCUCCCACUACAGCAUAGAGGUCGACGCGGGCUCGAAGGCGGACCUCGUCGAGGCGGAUAUCGUCGCGAGGCUGAGGAAGGCGGGCGGGGCGGAUUACAAUGGUGGCCGGGGCUGA